ACCCAAACAACAUUGACAAGGCUUGGAAACCAUCGUCGUACCAUAGACUAUGCAGUUCCCAUUGUAUACCUGGGGAUCUCCCCCAUUUCAUUUGCAGUCUCGUCAAACCAUUGUUGUUCAUGUGGUACAUGAUAAAAUACGCUUUUGUGGAGAAACGUCCAAUGGUCAUGCUAAAUCCCUCUCAGAACAGAUACGGUCGCCAGCACUUCGACCAGUACGAAAGGAGAGACCCACAGGUGACAAAUGACACCGAUGGCUGCCAAAUCGAGACCAUCAUUUUGGACCACCAGUACCCAGACCCAACAUAUCCUCUCCACCACAAUGAUUUCAUGUUUGCCGCUAAGACAUGGGAAGAACAGGAUCGGUUCACCGUGUUCAGUGUUUUAGCUACCUUUGUUUGUAUCGUUUCCUACAUAGUAAACGUUGGUACCGAUGUGGCAGUGAGCUACUUUCUCUAUGUAGAAGACAAUCUGUGGUGGUUCGGCUUGACGGCAGCAGCUACAGCUAUACCAUCAUUAACAGUUAACAUCUUCAGUAUUCGCUGGUACGUGCACGACGCAAAGGAGAGGAAGACUCAACCGCGGGCGUUGUCUCGACCUCACAUGACGAAGCUAGAUUGGGUGGUUCGUAUUUUCUUUCAUAUUGUUCUACUGGGACCAGUAAUCAGAUAUAUUGAUUUACUCGUCUAUGGGUUCCGCAGUCGACGGCUCCGCAAACAAAAGAGGAGAAGAGAGCAAAACUGGCACCUUUCUUACCGACAGCCAUCACCAGUAAGGAUAGAACAGCCGAAAGAAGUUAACUACCAUCUACUGAUGAUUCAAGAAGACAGAGACACUGCGCUUCUUGCACUGUUAGAGAGUUUCAUGGAAUCAGCACCUCAACUACUACUUCAGGUUUACAUUCUAGCCCAGCGUGAAAAGGUUCCCACUGAUCUUCUUACAGUAUGCUUGCAGGUGGCUUCUGUGUGUUCUUCAUUGUUUGAAUUAUCCUGGGCUUUGGCCUUUUACCAACGUGCUCUUCGGCGGUCAGUGCUAGACAAGAAAAACAUGACUCGAACUGGAACUGCUCUUCAGUUUCUGUGGCGUUUUUGUACCAUCGGAGCACGUGUGUUUGCACUAGCGCUGUUUGCCUCACAGUACAAGUUAUGGCUAGUGCCAGUAUGUGUGGGACACUGGGGUAUCAUGACCGUUUGGAUCAUGCACCAACAAACUCAUUUCUGUGAUAGCGAAACGGGGGAACAACGUCAGUGUGAGGAAUACCUUUUCAACAUGGUCAUCGGGGCAAUUUAUCUUUUUUGCUUUCUCAACGUGAAGGACGAACCUACAAGGUACAAGGUCACCACAUAUUACGUAGUGGUUUUUGUAGAAAACGCCACUCUGAUUGCAUUGUGGUACAUACGAACAGAUCCCAGUGUGUGGUAUCACCUACCUGCUCUUGUUGGUGUGUUUGCUAGUUUUCUAUUUGGUGUAAGUAUCAUGAUGGUUUACUACCGCUGUUGUCACCCCAAUGGCAAACUUCCAGCAAAGGACCGUCGGGCAGGAUGCUGUUGAUUCAACACCCACCGCUUACCGAAGAAACCCGAUAUUCCACAGUUACGACAAAACAAUAAGGAGCUUUUAAAAAAAGAUAGAAGAAAACAAAGACGGUUAAAAUGUUGUUGAAAAGACUGUGAUAAAUACUAGAGUAUACUCGAAAUUUAAACAACUUAGUAAAAAAACUGUGAAGGUUGAUCUGGAAACAAUCAUCUGUAUUUCUACAGUUGUCAUGGUAACGUAAUCCAAACCCUUUCUAGUGAGAUUAUAUAUGUACACGUAUACACACAUAACUUUACAGGCACUUGCUGUCUUUCUGUAUUUUUAAUGAGAACUGUGAAAAAAAUAUUUGUUUCACAUUGUAAUUAAA